AUGAGUAUGCCUCCAAUAACUCGCAACAUUACAAAAGUCAAUAAGGAUCAAGCUCAAAGAGUUAAGGAGUGUCAAGGAAUCGAUACAGAAAGGAAGAAGAAAAACAUCUCUAAAGUCAUGUCUAAUUAUGAAUCUGAUAGUUCUACUGGAUCACAAGAUGAAUCAUGUCUUUUGGCUUUCAACUUUCAAGAUCCAAAAGAAACCAAGUGUAUACCUACUGAUAGUAUGCAAGUUAAAAAUGGAAACUCGGUUAAAAUAUGGGAAGACAGAUGGAUUCCAAAUUCGGAAAUAAUACCGCAACCACAAGACUCGCAGGACACAACUCCAAAAAGAGAUCAAAAGCUUAUAACUGUAGAGAAUAAAUGGGAUCAAGGAAAACUAGACAGUUACUUUAGCUCGGAGGUUAGAAAGAAAAUUCAAGCCAUUACCCCGAGAAAAAAAGAAGACAAAAUCCAAUGGUUACACCAUCAUUCAGGACUCUUCUCGGCAAAAAACAUUUAUAAUUUCUUAGCAAAUCAAGCUCAAGAAGAUGAUAAUUCAUUAAUUGAUUUCCCAUGGAAAAGUAUAUGGAAAAUUCAAGCAAUUCCAAGAAUUAAACUUUUUGUGUGGAAGUUAGCUGGAAAAGCUUUGCCUACAUCUUCGAGGCUAUGGGCGCAUAACCCGGAAAUUGACCCAAACUGCCAACUAUGCAAUUCUCAAGUUCAGGAAACCGAGAAUCACCUAUUCGGAUCUUGCCCUUUUGCCAGAGAUGUUUGGUUCAGAUUUUCGCUAGGAAAUUUAAUUUCUUCAGCUAAUACGGAUCCGAUUACAUCAUGGGUUAAAGGGUGGAUUUUAAACCCAGAUUUGGAUAAUUUGGUAGGAAAAAUCUCAACCAUUUUAUGGUUCAUAUGGAAAUACAGAUGCUCGGUGGUUUUUGAAAAGAUAACCCCAAAUCCAAUGCAACUAAUUGAUCAGAUCAACGGAUUUUUGCAAUCCAUCCCUCAAAAGAAUAAAAUAAAGGGACUGGACAACAAUCAGUUAAUGAUGAUCGAUACCAAAUGGUCAGAUAUAAACACAGACUGGAUAAUAUUCAUUGAUGCUUCUUUCAAGGAAGAAGACCUUUCAAUGGGAUACGCUCACAUCGUUUUUUCAGUAGAUCACCAGACAUUUAUGCACAUUUCAGCAGGUUCAGAGACAACUACUUCGGCUCUUCAUGCGGAAGCGAAAUCUUUACAAAAAACGGUCAUAUGGCUAAGAGACAACGUCUUGUCUAGCGUUUCAAUAGUAACUGAUUGUAAAGUCUUGGCAGACAGCAUCAACAAGGACAACACAAAUCUAUCAUGGACUGCCGAAAACACCGUUCAAAAAGCCAAGAAAAUCUUAAAAGGUCUUCCUCAAGUUCAGGCAAAGUUUACAAAUAGAAAACACAACUCAGCAGCGGAACAAAUUGCAAAGGAAGCAAGAAUAAAGAGCCUUCAACAUAUGUCUACGAAAUUGCAACAAAAAAUUAAGCAUUCUAGCAUUAUCUCUGAUGACACUUCAAAUUACAGUAUUGACGCUGAGGGAGCUGUAGCCAUCCUAUUUUCCUUUGUUGAUCAGCUUGUGCCACAAGAUUGUAAGUGA